UUAACAUUCAGCUGUAUGUUGCAUCCACUCCCUGGUUGCUGAUAAAGGAAUCCUGUAAAACUGAAAGCAGGCAGGUAAAGGCACUUCCUGGAGGCAGAAUUAAAUAGAGAAUGGGAGUUUUCCUCUGAUCUCUCUGAAAAACCAAUCAGGCAGGGUCAGCCAGGCGUUGAUUCUCCUCACGUCCCUCCUACACCUUUUCCAAAGACCCAAUGGCUUUGUCUCUUUGGGAGAUUGACUUCAGUCACAUGGUCCGAAUCAAGGGCAGGUAACUUAGGAGAGGAGGAAGAAAAAAAAAAAAAAAAAAAAAAGCCCAAGCCCAGGCUGGGUUCCUGCCAUGAUGUCAGAGGGAGAGAAACCCACAGCUUGUUAAUUUCACCUCCCAAUCAGACCCGGGGAGAAGGAGAUCAUUGGGAACAGGUAGAGCUUUGUUUCCCCCUGUGGUCAUGACGGCUUCGCACAGUGACUCUUUGGUGGUGUUGUUUGGGGCAACAGCUGGUGCAUAUGGGGCUAAACUGGGUUCGGAUGAGAGGGAACUAAUUCUCUUGGUGUGGCAAGUUGUGGAUCUACACAGCAAGAAGGUAGGGACAUUGCACAAAUCCCUGGUGAAAGCAGACAGUUUGGAGCUAAGUGACCAGUGUCGAGAAGUGAGUGGCUUAACACCAGAGGGACUGAGCAAAGCUGAGCCUUUGGACCGAGUUCUCCAACAGUUUAGCCAGCUGGUCUCCAGUGAUUUGAAGUUAUUGGGAAGGAGUUCUUAUACACUCUGCACAGAUGGCCAGUUGCUCAUUCGGCAGGUCCUUCACCCAGAAGCAUCCAAAAAGAACUUCCUGCUAUCAGACUGCUUUUAUUCAUUUUAUGAUCUACGCAAAGAGUUUCACACAUGCUACCCCAAUUCAGCCCCCGUGAAGGAUCAAACUAUCAAAUCCAUGGCAGAGUAUAUAGGCUUAGAGACAGAUGAAACAGAGGAGGACUUUGGUGUAUGGCAAGUGAAAACCAUGGUGGCUAUUAUUUUCAGCAUGCUUUCUGAAACCUGCAUUACAGAUUGCAGAUUUACGGACUCUGAAACUGUGAAAUACAAGUAUGAAACAGGUCCCUGUAGUAAAUCUGAAGCAGUAGACAGCGAAACAGUAAUACGUGCUAGAGGUUUGCCUUGGCAGUCUUCAGAUCAAGAUAUUGCCCGUUUUUUCAAAGGACUCAAUAUUGCCAAAGGCGGUGUUGCCCUUUGCUUGAAUGCUCAAGGAAGGCGAAAUGGGGAAGCCCUUGUGCGAUUUGUCAACCCUGAACAGAGAGAUUUGGCAUUGGAAAGACAUAAGCAUCACAUGGGUAGCAGAUACAUUGAGGUUUACAAAGCAACUGGAGAAGAAUUUUUAAAGAUUGCUGGAGGCACGUCCAAUGAAGUAGCUCAGUUCUUGUCCAAGGAGAAUCAAGUCAUCAUCCGGAUGAGGGGCCUUCCUUUCACAGCCACUCUGGAGGAUGUCUUGGGGUUCUUGGGGACUGAGUGUCCAGUCACAGGAGGGAAAGAGGGACUUCUCUUUGUCAAGUACCCAGAUGGCAGACCCACGGGAGAUGCAUUUGUGUUGUUUUCCUGUGAAGAAUAUGCACAGAAUGCACUUAAAAAGCACAAGGAGAUCCUUGGAAAACGUUACAUUGAACUCUUCAGGAGCACAGCAGCAGAAGUCCAGCAGGUGCUUAACAGAUACUUGUCAACACCUCUCAUCCCCACUCUUCCAACUCCCAUUAUUCCUGUCAUCCCCCCGCCUUACACCAUUGCUGCUGGCAGCAUCCGUGACUGUGUCCGGCUCCGAGGCCUUCCUUACACAGCUGGCAUUGAUGACAUCCUGGAAUUCAUGGGAGACGCGACAGCAGAUAUCAAACCACAUGGAGUCCACAUGGUCCUUAAUCAACAGGGACGACCAUCAGGUGAUGCUUUUAUCCAAAUGAAAUCAUCUGAUAGAGCCUUUUUGGUGGCCCAGAAGUGUCACAAGAAAAUGAUGAAGGACCGCUAUGUGGAAGUGUUCCAGUGUUCAGGAGAGGAGAUGAACUUUGUUUUAAUGGGUGGCACUUUAAAUCGUAGUGGCUUAUCCCCACCGCCAUGUAAGUUACCAUGUCUUUCUCCACCAGCGUACGCUGCUUUCCAAACAGCCGCAGCAGUGAUCCCAGCAGAAGCGGCACUUUACCAGCCACAAGCCCUGUUAUCAACAACCAGGACUCCCCAGGCUUCUGCGGCUGCCCCUCCAACUGUUACCUACUACCCGGCUCAAGCUGCCCAGCUUUAUAUGAACUACACAGCUUACUACCCCAGUCCUCCGGUAUCGCCUACCACGGUGGGGUAUAUUGCAGCUCCUCCUGCAGCGGUAGCAGCUGCUGCCUCAGCCACACACACUCCAAUGCUGCCCCAGCCUGGAGCUUUAGUUCGUAUGCAGGGCUUGCCUUAUAACACAGGAAUGAAGGAAAUUCUCAGUUUCUUCCAGGGAUACCAGCUCCACACAGAUUCUAUUCUUGUGCUUUACAACUUUAGUGGCCAGCCCAGUGGAGAAGCGUUGGUGACUUUUCCAAGCCUGGACCUGGCUAAGAAAGCAGUGGCUGAGAAAAAUGGACGGCUCCUGGGAAGUCGCUAUAUAGAACUCUAUCUGGUCUAACCAAAAGACUCUUGGGGGGAGGGAGAAGGGAAGGGAAGUAAUACUAAACACUGUGCCUUUUAAUAAAACAAAAAGUCUUCCCUUGCUAUCUACACAGCAGUAAAUGUGCCUUCUCAGCCUGAUGUGGUAGGGUGCAGGAGUGAUACUUGUUCCUGUAUUUAAUUUGAAAAAUCUCCUGCCCUACACCAAAAAGAAAAAUAAAAACUAUACAACUAAUUUCCUUAAGAAAGAGAAGGACAAUUGAUUUCAGGGUACUUGUUGAAAUACUGCCACCCAGUUAACCCGUGAGGCAAUCCAAGAGCACUUCAGCUAUCACAGCCACGGAGGAAGAGGGGGAGACUUAAUUUUUGUUCUGUAGUGUUUGAAGUGGAAAGUGAAACUUGGUUUGUUCAGAUUCUUUUGUUUUAGGUUUUAAGAAUUUACCCUCAGCAAAAUGUCUCCAGAAAGGGCUGCUGAAACUUGCAGCUUUCCCAAAUUGUAGCAUAAAUCCUAUUGGAUUUUUUGUUGUUGCUUUCCUUGACUGGAAAAUACCCAGGAUGCCACAUCCAAACGGAAUAGGAGAAACUUAUUAUUAUUAUUGUGUUUUGUAAUGCAAAAGCCAUAUCAGUCUUUCCUAUCAACAUACGUGCUGCCAAUGUGUGAAGCAAAAAGAACCCCAAACUUUUAAUUUCUACAGGACAAAAAUGGCACAUAAACAUUGAGUACUAGUAAGUUAUAUUUUUUAUUUAAGCAUAAUAGCUUUCAGAUACUGUAUUAAAGAUUUUGCUCUAGUUUAUGUGCAUGCAGUUUGUUUACAUCUUUAAACUACUUUAUUUGUAUAUUAUGAAGCAACAAAAUUGUUGAAAUCUAAACCUUCUAGUGCAUGCAUUUUUCCUUUCUUCAUGUGUAUAUACAUAAGCUAGAAAAACUAGUUUGUCAUGUAGCAUGUGUUUAAAAAGACAUCUGCUGUAGAAGCACUAAAUGAUUUUGUUUUUACUGUGCCUUAAUUCAAGCCUAUUCGAAGUGCAAUACCAGCAGAGCAAAAUGUCAUGAGUCCUGUUGUGACAGGCUCAUGGAUGUCUGUGUACACUGAUCUUUUUUUUGUUGGUGUACAAUUUGAGUUGUACUGAAAAGAAUGAAUGAUGUAUGCUUCUUUAUAUUACAACAAAUAAAAGAGAUGCUUACAAUGUG